AAUAGGACCACCUCGUCCGAUUAAUUUGUUAAAAAGAGUGUGAAAAGGUGAGUAACCUGUCUUUCAGCAACUUCUAGUGGUUACUCAAGUAAGCCCCUGACAUUAUUUAUCUAACUCUAACAGUGAGCAAAUUAACUAAAUUAUUAACAAACCUUCUAACUACUAACUAUUCCUAAAUAAUGUAUGGGAACACGCCAUUUGGCCCAACAAGUCCACACCACCCCUCUGAAGAGCAUCCUACGUAAAACCAUUCUCCUACCCCUGUAUUUCCCACAUCUAACCCACUUAACCUAAAUGUCCCUGGGCACUAUGGGUAAUCUAGCAUGGCCAAUUUGAUCUACAAUGUGCAUCUUUGGCCUGUGGGUGGAAACCAGAGCACCUGGAGGAAGUCCAUGCAGACGGGGGGAGAAUGUGCAAACUCCACACAGUCGCCCAAGGGCGGAAACAAACCUGGGUCCCUGGUGCUGUGAGAAUAUCCUCCCUAAAUGCAACCCUUAUGUUAUCCCUAAUCAAAAAUGCCACUCCCUUUCCUCUCUUGCCCACCUUUCGAACCUUCCAAAGCAUCAAUACCCUGCAACAUUAUGCUGCCAGUCCUGUAUACCCCUGAGCCACAUUUCUGUAAUUGCUAUGAUAUCCCAGUCCCAUGUUCCUAAGCAUGCCCUGAGUUCAUGUGCCUUACCUGUUAGGCAUCUUGCAUUGAAGUAAAUGCAAUUUAUUCUGAAUUUCACUUUAUUUAUUUUUUGGAAGGAACACCCAUGUCCAGAGAUACUUGAAAAAAGACAACAAAGGAAGCAGCUAUAUAGGCUAUAGGUGGGCCAGACUGCAUUGUAGGUUUCUUCCAUUUGAAUCACUGCUCCUGUGGUCACCACCUUUUGUUUGUGUUCCUCUGUUUUGUAGAGAUAUUUCUUCUACAAAGUUCCAAAACAAUGCCAUAGCUUAUAAAACAGUAACUACUGCUAGAAUUUGAGGAGAUCAGCUUCCACACUGAAACAUCUCAAAAAAGAAGCAGCUCUUACAGCCACAAUUUCUUUUGCAUCCUCCAUCUUGGAUUACCCAGAAUCCAUGUUCACAUUUUGAACACACUCGUGAAAUCAUUAUUCAUUGAAUUAUUACGUCUAUGGAACACCUAACAAAUUGCUGUUUAUUUAUGAGAAUGGGGAACUCUAUAUUUGUUGGAAACUUGUUUACCAACUUUUCUAAUCCUUAAUAUCAGGUUUUCAUUUUAUUUUCCUGAACACUGUGGUGUUAAAAACCUGUUUAUCUAUAAAACAAUUAUUUACUUGAUACAUAAUUCAAAAAGUUAGUAUGUUACUAUGAACCUUUCAAAGACCAGCUGGCAAUUUAAGUUAUUCAAUAACCUUUUUAUGAUGCAGAAAAUGACAUCCUCAAAUCAAGGGACAAUAAAAAUCUAUAUUUAGCCUGUAACUAUCAUAGUCUUAAACAGAUAAACCCAAUGCAGACCACAAGGAAGGAGCAAAAAUAGUGUACAUUCAUUACAGCUGAGUGGAGUUCACAACAAAGAAAUGAUUUCAGUAACAAAAAUUAAUUUUUUUGUAUUUGAAGUCCUGCAGUUUGCUGCUCUAUGUGUUCCCACAAUUGUGGUUGCAGAGCACUUUGCCUUCAUUUUCAUGGAAAAAAGUGAACCUGUGGAUUUUACAUCGUAUCAACUUAUAUUGGCCUGUUCAGUGGCUUAUGUUGCGUGUGUGUCUUUGAUCAUCUGGGUUCCAGUGAAGUUUCUGAUAUUCAAGAAGCACAUUCUGUCUGAAGUGAAAGAAUGGCAACCAGCCUUGCUCAUGCAUCUGAUUUUCACCACGUUACCUUGCUUUGGGUUUAUAAUUGCCGGUUCUCAGGUACAGUCUGACCCAAAAAAAAUGAAAACCUUUUCAGAUUUUCCUGUGUCCCUGGUCUUAAUGUGCUUGAUUGUUGUGGAUAUCAUUGAACACCUACGUAAAUGGCGGCUGACUGGAAACAUUGAUGGUACUUGUAGAGAUGGUGAUUUUGCUUCCAAUGGACCUGUGCUCACAAACAUAGAACAAGUCUCAACUGUCUCGGCACAUCAGAACAGACCACAUGAAGAAAACCAGGCACCUCCAGGAGUGACAGAAAAUGAGUUUGCUUCAUCUGUAGCACAAAAUAAAUCUCACAAUGUAUUGCAGUAUGAAUAUUCAGAAAUUACUGAACACAAUGUUCCAGACUGUCUCAAAGUUUUAGCAGUGAAUGAUUACAGAGCUAAAAUAUUUGUAACGAGUAUUAUUAAUUGGUUGGAUACUGUAGAGUUAGUGAGAGUCGCAGGCCUUUCAAACGUGUUCUUAACAGGAUGGAUUUACCCUAUAUAUAUAUUCAGCUAUUUGUCACUUCUAAGAAUUAUUUUACAUUCAGCAAAUCCAUUUUUACCUUUGUUGACAGUUGUGUUUCAGGAUUUCCCAUUCCUUUUUAUUCGUAUUAGCAUAAUUGGAGCUAUGGGUUUUGUAACUCCAAUUUUAUACCCAUUAAAGAAUAUUAUUGUUGUUGUUACAUUUAUUUAUUUCAACUAUGUGACAAAAGCUAAAUGCCUCAAUCGCACACAGCGAUUUUAAAAAUUGCAACCCGAUUGUUUAAUACUGUGAUUUAAUAUUCAUUGUACAGUUGUAUUUAUACUUUGCUAAAAGGCAAUGAUCUUAUUUGAUUGCUUUGUGGUUUGGAACGUUAAGUAGUGCAGCAUUUGUUCAAUUUAUGAAUUCUGACUCUCAGGUUGUGGGAAGGAGCUGAAAACACCAGUGUCUCCCCAAAGCAAAAAGGAAACUUGAAAUGAGAUAUUACAAUACUUGGUUUGAUUUUUUUUCCAAGAUCCUAAAUAUUUUCUGCAAUUGUCAUUGAUUGGAUUUGAUUGCUUUUUGCUGUCUUCUACAAUAUGAGUCCACAUAUAAUAUUUCUGAGAAACAUGACCUGAAAAGGUAAUGUGUGAAGAAUGAAGCAACAGGAUGAUAUCUCGCUUGAGGUGGACAAGUGGUCUUCUCUCUCAAAGAAACAAUUAGUUGUGACAGGGAGUUCCUUUUGAUAAGCUGUUGUACUUUUGGUGAGAGUUUUGUGGAAACCUCAGCUCCAUUUCUUUGCUAUAGAGAGCAAGAAUAUACCAGACCUGCAGUGCUCAGUUGAGCUGGCCCUACAUCAUGUUGAGAUAGUUACGACUGGAUUGGGCUGGUCACGUGACCAGAAUAUCUAAUGUUUGCUUACCAAUGUGGAUCUGCAACGGAGAGCUUGAGUGUGCAGUGUCCACUCAUGAUGGCUUAGUAAAAUGCUACAGAGGUAUUCUCAAGGUUACACUGAGGAGUAUUACUGUUGACAAUUUACUGUUGCGACAAGCUCCCAGGAUCAUAGUAACUGUUGCAACUAUACAAACACUGGUGCAGCCUUUGUUGCGAGCAAGCACAUGUCAGAAACUGAAAGGAUAUUCAAGUACAGAAAGUCCUGAACCAAAAGCUCAUCUAAAACUGUCUGAACUAUAGUAUCCAGUUCUAUUUGCAACUGAACCUUCUGGGGUAAAAAUCUACUUACCACCAGAACCUGACUGAUAAUGGACUGGUCAUCUUUGCCCCAAAUAUAUAUUGAUAUAUUGAUUUGUCCGUGGGUGACUAUUUGUAUAGCAGUUCAUCAUGCAUCACAUCCCAUUAAAUACUUGUUUUUUAAAGUAUUUUGUAUUAAGAUCAUCAAUGAUGUUAUUCAU